UGUCUCUGCUGGCUGCUGCCUGCGAUGACAUUAAGCCGUGUAGUUCCUGCUCGUUGGACAUUUGGAUCUGACAGAUGAUGGCUGGCAGGGUUUUAACGCGGUUUGUGAACAGGAGUUUGCUGGAAGUUGCAGUCGGCGCUAAAGGCGAAAGGAUCAGGGGGUCGAACCGCUUUUUCCGGACAAGUGCCAGCUGGAUAGUCGGUGCUCUUGGUAGUGGAAGAGCAGCAUUCCUGCUGGGGCUCCCUGUACUGUCUGGUCUAAGUUACCAAGCUCUCCGUAAGCUGCAGAGUUCAGCCGUGGUCUGCGCUUUAAAUAAAGAUGAGGUCCUGGAGCAGGCGGACUACCUGUACAGCUGCGCAGACACAGAGAAGCUCUACCAGCUGCUGCUGCAGUACAAGGACAGCGAGGAUGCAGAGUUCCUGUGGAGGCUGGCCCGGGCGUCUCGGGAUCUGUCCCUCCUGCCCGACACAGACGCCGGCAGGAAGAAGCAGCUGACGUUUGAGGCCUUUGAAUAUGCAAAGCGGGCUCUGGAGAGAGACGACAAAUGUUUUGCUGCACACAAAUGGUACGCCAUUUGCCUCAGCGACACCGGGGAAUUUGAGGGAGUCAAGGUUAAAAUAGGAAAUUCAUACAUCAUCCGGGAGCAUCUGGAGAGGUCUAUUGAGCUCAACCCUAAAGAUGCCACAUCCUUACACAUUCUAGGUUACUGGUGUUUUGCUUUUGCCGAGUUGCCGUGGUAUCAGCGCAAAGUGGCCGCUGUGAUUUUCUCAACACCGCCUACAUCUACGUUUGAGGAGGCUUUGGAGUUCUUCCUAAAGGCCGAGAAAGUCGACCCAAACUUCUACAGUAAAAACCUCCUGAUGUUGGGAAAGACCUACAUGGCCAUGGAAGACAAGGAGAAAGCGCUUCACUGGCUAACCAGAGCUAAAGAGUAUCCCAUUCACACACUGGAAGACAAAGAGGUCCACAAAGAGGCAGUGGAGCUCCUGAAUCAGCUUUGAUGACCUUCUGUCCACCUCUGCUCUGCGUGCCACAGGCGGCCUUUGGACUCGAACUGAGACAACGAAUGAAGAAUCCCAAUAGGAUCUAUUGGUACAUUAGUUGCUUCACUGGGACUCAAAGCAAUAAAGACAAAAAACAAACAUAGAUCCAGCUUGAAUUUUCUAUGUGCAGCCGCUUCCUCA